AUGAAUCUGUCAUUCGCUGGCUGCGGCUUCCUCGGCAUCUACCACGUCGGCGUGGCGGUCUGCUUCAAAAAGUACGCGCCACACUUAUUGCUGAACAAGAUAAGCGGCGCGUCCGCGGGCGCUAUCGCAGCGUGUUGCUUGCUCUGCGAUCUACCCCUGGGUGAAAUGACGAGCAAUGUAUUACGUGUGGCACGUGAAGCACGACAACAUACGCUUGGACCGUUCAGUCCAUCCUUCAAUGUACAAAACAUAUUACUAGACGGCUUGCGGAAGUUUUUACCAGACGAUGCACAUAUCCGUGUUAACGGAAAAUUGCAUAUCUCUUUAACCAGAGUCUAUGACGGUAAAAACGUGAUCGUCUCUCAAUUCAACUCAAAGGAAGAUUUGCUGCAGGCACUAUUAGCCACUUCAUUCGUACCAUUAUUUUCUGGUUUGCUGCCACCGCGAUUCCAUGGCAUCAGAUAUAUGGACGGUGGUUUCAGCGAUAAUCUUCCUACGCUGGAUGAAAAUACUAUUACCGUUAGUCCGUUCUGCGGAGAGAGUGAUAUCUGUCCGAGGGACAUCUCAUCUCAACUUUUUCACGUCAAUGUCGCUAAUACAAGCAUAGAACUUUCCAGACAAAAUAUAUAUAGGUUUACGAAAAUACUCUUUCCGCCUAAAACGGAGAUACUCUCGAGUAUGUGUAAGCAAGGAUUCGACGAUGCGUUACAAUUUUUACAUCGUAAUAAUCUAUUGAAUUGCACAAGGUGUCUCGCAGUUCAGUCGACAUACAUAGUUCAAGAAACGAUUGACGAUAGUAUGGAAUAUGAUCCGGAAUGUUUGGAAUGUAAAAUGCAUAGACAGGAAGCAUUAGUAGCUAAUAUGCCUGAGACUGUGAUGACAAUAUUCCAAGACGCUAUAGACUCGGCCAACAAAGGACUUGUUAACUGGUUGUUUAAGCAUCGUAGCAUGAAGUUGCUGUCAUUGUUAAGUUUGCCUUGCACGCUACCGGCAGAUGUAAUGUACGCUACAAUUACAAAUCUGAUUGGUAACAAGAUAGAAACUCGUACCUUGGAAUACAAAGUAGUCGGAAAUGUUCUGCAUAUCCCGCAACAGGCACUUACUCACAAUAAGCAUUUAACACACUCUCGACUCAUUACGAGCGUCCCGAACCUACGGCAUAACUUAAUGGAGCUAAGUAAAUUUUUCUUGGAGCAGUUGAGUAUAAUGUUCCCGAAAAUUAAUGUCUAUGCUGAGCCAUUGCCUCAAACAAUCAAAUGUUAUUUCAACAUUAUGGAAUAUAAUUCGAACACGUAUGAUGUACAAGCUAUAGAAGAAGUAGAUUUAUAUAAAAAACAAAAGAACCUGAAUUUAACUCUCCAAUACAACGAAUGUGGGCAAUGGAAAGAUUCAAGAAAAUCGAGUUGUGUGAUAAAUAUGGGCGAUCUUACAUCAGUAGAUGAUACUUUUGAAAAUAUUCUCCAAGCAACUUCAGACCAAGAUGCAGUAAUAGCGUAUUAUUACAUGGAUGAUAACAAUAAAGUGCAAGUGACGGAAAUCUUUGAUGUAACGGAAUCAGAAUCACAUACCAUGCUUUCCAUGGACGAAGUCGACACCAAUAAAAAACUCCAAUUCGAUGACUGGGAUGAACCUUCAUGGUUAUCUCAGCAUACACUUAAUGACGUAACUACAGAGUCUCUUUAUACCGACGGAAAUUUACAAAGCAUGGAGAAUUUGUCGGAUGUAUCGAUAGAAGAUGAGAUACUGAAUAGUGCAAAUAUAUUCUCCGAUCCAGAAAGCGAGUGGGAAGUGGAGAAGGAUUUAGAGCAAGUAGAUGAGGUGCCUAAAUCUCCGGAUAGUCGACCGGAAGUAGAUCAACCAGCUACAAGCUUGCUAUAG